UCAGAUUCAGAAUCUCGUAUGACGUUGUUGAUUUAGUCUCAGGAGGUUGGCGAGUGCAUUGAUGCUGGAGCUCUUUAUUUUUUUCAUACAGUUCUAGGGAAAGAAGAAUGUGGAUUUUUAAAAAUAUAAUUUGAACAAAUUAUAGGUAUUUUUUUCCCUUCAAAAAUGACCAUUCGAUUUCUGUCUUGGAUUUAGGGUCAUUUUUAAUUGAAAGAGAACAGGACAUGUUCUAAAUCACUACCAACUAGUUCAGUCACCAACCAGCGUGAUUUUUUAGAUAUUUUAUAACAGUAGGUAGUUGGGGAGGAGCUGCAAGCUAAGGUGUGUUUGGGAAAGUGGAGAGAAUCCCAAGAAGCUCUUUCGGUGCCAAUUACGGAGAAGGGGCAGCAGUCAGAGAGACCUUGCAGGUGGUGGCGGCACCUGGAAGUUGCUUUUGUCUUUGGAGCAAUAUCCGUCCAAGACCAGUGAGUGUUUCCAUUUCAUCUAUCUCCCCCAAAGUGUCUGGGUUGCAAACCAGUGAAGCAGCGGCGGCGGCAGCAGCAGCAGUAGCUGUUCAUCUUUAGCAGCAGCAGCAGCAGCAGCAGCAGCAGAUUAUGGUGGCAGCGGGCACACCGGGCUGUGGAUGCGUUUCCUCUUGGAAAUCAAAUCUCUAAGUGCCAACUGAAGACUCUCAGCCCUGCCGCAGCCCUGAGCUUUUCCUAGCAAGAGCUUUAGGCAAGGUGGGGGACGGGAGGAAGGGAAAGGACUGAGCAAACGGAGUGUGUGUGUGUGUGUGUGUGUGUGUGUGUGUGUGUCCCUGUGUGUGUGUGUCCCUGUGUGUGUGUGUGUCCCUGUGUGUGUGUGUGAGUGGGGUUGCGUUAUCAUGGCGGAUCGGACAGCUCCUAGAUGCCAGCUUCGGCUGGAGUGGGUUUACGGUUACAGGGGUCACCAGUGCCGCAACAACCUGUAUUAUACCGCGGGCAAGGAAGUGGUCUACUUCGUGGCUGGAGUAGGAGUGGUGUACAACACCCGGGAGCAUAACCAGAAAUUCUUCUUGGGACACAACGACGACAUUAUCAGCCUUGCCUUACACCCGGAUAAAACCUUGGUUGCAACUGGACAAGUUGGGAAGGAUCCUUAUAUUUGCAUUUGGGAUUCUUACAAUGUACAGACUGUUUCCAUUCUUAAAGAUGUACAUACACAUGGGAUUGCUUGUCUGGCUUUUGAUUCGGAUGGACAGCGUUUGGCCUCUGUGGGAUUGGAUGCCAAAAACACAGUCUGCAUUUGGGACUGGAAGAAGGGAAAACUACUGGCAACAGCAACUGGCCAUUCAGAUAGGAUUUUUGAUAUUUCCUGGGAUCCAUAUCAGCCGAACAGAGUGGUUAGUUGCGGAGUGAAACAUAUUAAGUUUUGGACACUAUGUGGAAAUGCAUUGACUGCUAAAAGAGGAAUAUUUGGCAAAACAGGGGAUCUACAGACAAUCCUUUGCCUUGCGUGUGCCAAAGAAGAUGUUACCUACUCUGGUGCUUUAAAUGGAGAUAUCUAUGUCUGGAAAGGGCUAAAUUUAGUACGCACGAUUCAAGGAGCUCAUAGUGCUGGAAUUUUUAGCAUGUAUGCCUGUGAUGAGGGUUUUGCUACUGGUGGUCGAGAUGGCUGCAUACGGUUGUGGGAUAUAGACUUCAAACCAAUAACCAAAAUUGAUCUCAGGGAAACUGAGCAAGGAUACAAAGGUUUGUCCAUCCGUAGUGUUUGCUGGAAAGCAGAUCGACUUUUAGCAGGUACACAGGACAGUGAAAUAUUUGAAGUAAUAGUGAGAGAAAGAGAUAAGCCGAUGUUGAUCAUGCAAGGCCAUUGUGAAGGGGAGCUCUGGGCACUGGCUGUCCAUCCCAAGAAACCUUUAGCUGUUACAGGCAGUGAUGAUCGAUCUGUCCGAUUAUGGAGUCUUGCUGAUCACGCCUUGAUUGCCCGCUGUAAUAUGGAAGAAGCAGUACGCAGUGUAUCCUUCAGCCCAGAUGGAUCUCAGUUAGCAUUGGGAAUGAAAGAUGGAUCUUUCAUUGUCCUCCGAGUCAGAGAUAUGACAGAAGUGGUUCAUAUCAAAGACCGAAAGGAAGUAAUUCAUGAAAUGAAAUUUUCUCCAGAUGGUUCUUAUCUUGCAGUAGGGUCCAAUGAUGGCCCAGUGGAUAUCUAUGCUGUUGCUCAACGAUAUAAAAAAAUUGGAGAAUGUAACAAAUCUUUUAGUUUUAUUACUCACAUUGACUGGUCUAUGGAUAGUAAAUACUUACAAACCAAUGAUGGUGCAGGAGAACGAUUAUUCUACAAGAUGCCAUCUGGAAAACCUUUAACAAGUAAAGAGGAAAUCAAAGGGAUUCAUUGGAUUGCCUGGACCUGUGUGAUUGGGCCUGAAGUGAGUGGAAUUUGGCCCAAAUACAAUGACAUUACUGAUAUCAACUCAGUAGAUGCAAAUUACAACAGUUCAGUGUUAGUCACUGGAGAUGACUUUGGAUUGGUUAAAUUAUUUAAAUUUCCUUGUCUAAAGAAAGGAGCUAAAUUUAGGAAGUAUGUUGGCCAUUCAGCUCAUGUAACGAAUGUCCGCUGGUCACAUGAUUUCCAGUGGGUGUUGAGUACAGGAGGUGCUGACCACUCGGUUUUUCAAUGGAGAUUUAUUCCAGAAGGUGUAACCAAUGGUAUCCUUGAUUCAGUAUCCCAGGAGGGUGGCAAUGAUUCAUAUAGUGAAGAAUCUGAUUCUGAUUUAUCAGAUGUGCCAGAGUUGGACUCAGAUAUCGAGCAAGAAGCUCAAAUCAACUAUGAGCGCCAGGUUUACAAAGAAGAUCUACCUCAGCUGAAACAACAAAGUAAAGAGAAAAACCAUUCUGUGCCCUUCCUUAAAAGAGAAAAAGCUCCAGAGGACAGUUUGAAGCUACAGUUCAUACAUGGUUAUAGAGGCUAUGACUGUAGAAAUAAUCUGUUCUAUACCCAAACUGGAGAGGUGGUCUACCAUAUUGCAGCAGUUGCAGUUGUGUACAAUAGGCAGCAACACUCCCAAAGAUUGUAUCUGGGACAUGAUGAUGACAUCCUCAGCCUGGCUAUUCAUCCAGUGAAAGACUAUGUAGCCACUGGACAGGUUGGAAGAGAUGCUGCUAUCCAUGUAUGGGACACACAGACUCUAAAAUGUUUGUCACUAUUAAAGGGACAGCAUCAGAGGGGUGUAUGUGCUCUAGAUUUCUCAGCUGAUGGGAAAUGUCUGGUAUCUGUUGGUUUAGAUGAUUUUCACAGUAUUGUAUAUUGGGAUUGGAAAAAAGGAGAAAAGAUAGCAACAACAAGAGGACAUAAAGAGAAGAUAUUUGUGGUGAAAUGCAACCCACAUCAUGUGGACAAAUUGGUUACUGUUGGGAUUAAGCACAUCAAAUUCUGGCAACAAGCAGGUGGGGGCUUUACAUCUAAACGAGGGAUCUUUGGCAGUAUUGGAAAACUGGAAACAAUGAUGUCUGUUUCUUAUGGACGAAUGGAAGACCUAGUUUUCUCUGGAGCUGCAACUGGAGAUAUUUUUAUUUGGAAAGAUAUUCUUUUACUUAAAACUGUGAAAGCUCAUGAUGGGCCUGUUUUUGCUAUGCAUGCAUUGGAUAAGGGUUUUGUAACAGGUGGAAAAGAUGGAAUUGUGGAACUCUGGGAUGAUAUGUUUGAGAGAUGCUUGAAGACUUACGCUAUUAAAAGAUCCGCAUUAUCAACUAGCUCUAAAGGUUUGCUCUUGGAAGACAAUCCUUCAAUUCGUGCCAUCACUUUGGGACAUGGACAUAUCCUGGUAGGGACCAAGAAUGGAGAAAUACUUGAAAUUGAUAAGAGUGGCCCUAUGACUCUGCUUGUUCAGGGGCAUAUGGAGGGAGAAGUAUGGGGUCUGGCAGCGCAUCCUCUCCUGCCUAUCUGUGCAACUGUGAGUGAUGAUAAAACUCUUCGAAUCUGGGAACUGUCAUCCCAGCACCGCAUGUUGGCUGUUCGGAAGCUCAAAAAAGGUGGGAGAUGCUGUGCCUUUUCUCCUGAUGGAAAAGCCUUAGCAGUUGGACUGAACGAUGGGAGCUUCCUAGUUGUGAAUGCUGAUACUGUUGAAGAUAUGGUCUCUUUUCACCACAGGAAGGAGAUGAUCUCUGAUAUCAAAUUUUCCAAAGAUACAGGGAAAUACCUGGCUGUGGCAUCCCAUGAUAAUUUUGUAGACAUUUACAAUGUACUCACCAGCAAAAGAGUGGGUAUCUGCAAGGGUGCUUCAAGUUAUAUUACACAUAUCGACUGGGAUUUGAGAGGAAAAUUGUUACAAGUCAACUCAGGUGCCAAAGAACAACUCUUUUUUGAAGCCCCAAGAGGAAAAAGACACAUAAUACGUGCUUCAGAGAUUGAGAAGAUAGAAUGGGACACAUGGACAUGUGUUUUGGGUCCUACUUGUGAAGGAAUCUGGCCGGCACACAGUGAUGUGACAGAUGUGAAUGCUGCUAGUCUUACCAAAGAUUGCUCCCUUUUAGCCACAGGAGAUGACUUUGGUUUUGUAAAAUUAUUUUCAUAUCCUGUAAAGGGCAAACAUGCAAAAUUCAAGAAAUAUGUGGGGCACGGUGCCCAUGUCACCAAUGUCAGAUGGCUACAUAAUGAUUCCGUACUGCUAACUGUAGGUGGUGCUGAUACUGCUCUAAUGAUCUGGACAAGAGAAUUUGUAGGAACCCAGGAAAGUAAAUUGGUUGACAGUGAGGAGUCAGAUACAGAUGCUGAAGAGGAUGGAGGCUAUGACAGUGAUGUUGCCAGGGAAAAGGCCAUUGACUAUACCACUAAGAUCUACGCGGUAAGCAUCAGGGAAAUGGAAGGCACUAAGCCACACCAACAGCUGAAAGAGAUUUCAAUGGAGGAAAGGCCACCAGUGAGCAGGGCAGCUCCCCAGCCAGAGAAACUUCAGAAGAAUAAUAUCACCAAAAAAAAGAAACUGGUUGAGGAGCUGGCUUUAGAUCACGUAUUUGGCUACAGAGGAUUUGAUUGUCGUAAUAACCUGCAUUACCUUAAUGAUGGUGCCGAUAUAAUCUUCCACACUGCAGCAGCAGGCAUAGUUCAGAACCUUUCUACAGGAAGUCAGAGUUUCUAUCUGGAACACACGGAUGACAUUCUCUGUUUGACCGUAAACCAACAUCCUAAGUAUAAAAAUGUGGUAGCCACCAGCCAAAUAGGAACAACGCCUUCAAUCCACAUAUGGGAUGCAAUGAGCAAGCAGACACUUUCCAUGCUUCGAUGUUUCCAUGCAAAAGGGGUUAAUUAUAUCAACUUCAGUGCUACUGGCAAGCUCCUGGUGUCAGUAGGAGUAGACCCUGAGCAUACGAUCACAGUCUGGCGUUGGCAAGAAGGUGCCAGAGUUGCCAGCCGAGGGGGUCAUCUCGAACGGAUAUUUGUGGUGGAAUUCCGUCCAGACUCUGACACACAAUUUGUAUCAGUGGGAGUCAAGCACAUGAAGUUCUGGACACUGGCUGGCAGUGCCCUGCUGUAUAAGAAAGGAGUGAUUGGAUCCAUGGAAGGUGCCAAAAUGCAGACCAUGCUCUCUGUGGCCUUUGGUGCUAACAAUCUCACUUUCACUGGCGCCAUAAAUGGAGAUGUCUAUGUCUGGAAGGACCAUUUUCUUAUUAGGCUGGUGGCCAAAGCUCAUACAGGCCCAGUCUUUACAAUGUAUACAACUCUUCGAGAUGGACUGAUAGUCACUGGUGGAAAGGAGAGACCGACCAAAGAAGGAGGAGCUGUGAAACUGUGGGACCAGGAGAUGAAGCGCUGCCGAGCAUUUCAGCUAGAAACCGGGCAGCUGGUGGAAUGUGUACGCUCAGUGUGUAGAGGCAAAGGGAAAAUUUUAGUGGGAACCAAAGAUGGAGAAAUAAUUGAAGUUGGUGAAAAAAAUGCUGCUUCCAACAUGUUGAUUGAUGGACACAUGGAAGGGGAGAUCUGGGGUCUGGCCACUCAUCCUACCAAGGAUAUUUUCAUCUCAGCCAGCAAUGAUGGUACAGCCAGGAUCUGGGACCUGGCAGAUAAAAAACUUCUGAACAAGGUCAACUUGGGACAUGCAGCUAGAUGUGCUGCCUACAGCCCUGAUGGAGAUAUGGUGGCCAUUGGCAUGAAGAAUGGAGAAUUUGUCAUCUUAUUGGUGAACAGCCUGAAAGUCUGGGGGAAAAAAAGAGAUCGGAAAUCAGCUAUUCAGGAUAUCAGAAUGAGUCCAGACAACCACUUCUUAGCUGUGGGUUCAUCAGAGCAUACUGUGGACUUCUAUGACCUCACCCAAGGCACAAACUUGAACCGAAUUGGAUAUUGCAAAGACAUCCCAAGCUUUGUUAUUCAGAUGGAUUUCUCAGCUGACAGCAAAUACAUCCAGGUUUCAACAGGCUCUUAUAAGCGUCAGGUCCAUGAAGUCCCACUGGGAAAGCAGGUGACUGAUGCUUCAGUUAUUGAGAAUAUCACCUGGGCCACCUGGACAAGCAUUCUAGGAGAUGAAGUCAUUGGGAUCUGGCCCCGAAAUGCAGAUAAGGCUGAUGUCAACUGUGCCUGUGUAACCCACGCUGGCCUGAAUGUUGCCACUGGAGAUGACUUUGGGCUGGUGAAACUCUUUGAUUUUCCAUGUACAGAAAAAUUUGCCAAACACAAGCGUUACUUUGGUCAUUCAGCCCACGUGACCAACAUCCGGUUCUCUCAUGACGAUAAAUAUGUGAUCAGCACUGGAGGAGAUGAUUGCAGCAUAUUUGUGUGGAGAUGUUUGUAAGAACAAAAAAACACAAAACCUGGAGAAAUAUAUCACAUUAUUGCUGCACUUCAGAGGAUGUGGCCAGAUGCCUCCUUACCUUUUCAGGUGCUUGGAAACGAUUGAUGUUAAGAGGAUGCAGUCACAAUUGUGGUGUUCUAAGGAAGCACUCUAACAACCUGAAAUUUGCAAAACUAUUAAGUUCCAUGGAGAAGGAAAAGCAAACUGAAGAUUUGGUGGCCCCUAUUCCUAAAGACUAAAAUUUUCAUCACACACACACAGAGAAAAUCUCGUCUGAUAAUGUAGCCCACUUGACAAAAUUUUAAGCCUCAGUUGCCCUGACAAUUAUAUAGCUUUACUUUGCAUUAUAACUUCUUAAAAGUAUAUGUUUUAUGUCUGUUUUCACACAUUUUAGGAGAUGUUCACCUUUUCAAAAUCAUUAUCUUGAAUAAGAUUAAUUCUAAGUUAUAUGCACUGGGAUAAAAGAAAUGCUAAAAGUACACUGUUUUCCACUAAAGCUAAACACUUUCAAAAACCAAAUGAGCCAUGUACAAGAAAAAAGUUGAAAAUGUUAAUUUUUUUAAUAUUUUAUUUGCAGAGUUUUAUAUCCAUAAAGUGCCUUUGAAAGUUUUUAGUCAUGUGGGCUACUUUCACCUCCCACAAAUACCUGCUUUCUACAUAUGGUGCUAUAACUUUAAAACUGAGGGCUAACCAAACACCUUUAGCAAAUAUGUAGUUUCUCGUUCGUGUCCUGAUUUUAUUUUUCACAAAAUUUGUAAUGGGCUGACAUUAGUCAUCUGCUCCAGAAAUAACGACUACAGGUGAGCUAAAGUUACUAUAGUGCAGUAGGGGUGGAGUGGAGAGUGAAUGACUGAGAUUUUCAUUAAGCUUUGUUCACUAGGCAGGUCAGACUCCAAAUCACCUUUUUCAAAAAUUCAAGAAAAAAAAGCCUGCUUCCAGGGCACCAGAAGAUGGACUCCAAAACUUACUUGUUCUAUGUCCUACUCUAUACUUUGAUGAUAAAUAGCCUAUGUAUCAGUUAAAAUCUUUGCUGCCUCAAUUCCCUGAUAGGAGUUAUGGCUGACCUGGAUCUCAACCUUCCUCACUUCCCCACUCCUUCUCCUCACUUCCCAUUUCUCAAAAACUGGCAGGCAGCCUUCAGCUAGCUGUUGGCUUUUUUGUCCAUUGUCUUGCUUCAGGAAGAGGUCAGAACAAAAAUCCCUGUGUGACAAAUUUAUGAGCCCCUAGAGUAUCUGAUAUAACUUAGUCUUGGUAAAUUAAAAAAAAAA